AUGCGUUAUAUCAGCGACUGUGUACCGGUGAAGCUUAGGCUGCAAGCAUCAGCAGCUUUUGUUAGUGCAAGUGCUCUUGUAAUGGCUUGUGGUCCAACUAUUGCUUAUUUGUUACAGACUGAGUUUAGGAUUUACAAGUUGACAAUGAACCAAGACACACUACCUGGAUGGGUAAUGGCUGUUGCGUGGCUCGUUUAUCUACUUUGGUUGUGCACUUGUUUUAAGGAACCAGAAAAUCUUUGGGCUUAUGAAUCAGAAACUGGAGAACAAACAUUGCAUAUUACAGUAGAGAAUAGUCCUACACAGCCAAUACUAACGAAUUCAGAAGCAAAAGAGAAAGAUGUAGAUAUAGAUGAAGAAAAAGACGACGACGACGAAGAAGCUUAUGAUAAAACUGAAUCUCAAAAACCUGUUACUUCUAUUGCGCUGGUGUAUAAGUUGCUUACACCAUCAGUAAAGGUUCAAUUGUUUGUGUAUUUUAUGCUCAAGUAUGUAAUGGAGAUAUUGCUUGCUGAAUCAAGCCUUGUAACAGAAUACUAUUUUGUUUGGUCAACAACCAAAGUCGCCGUUUUUCUUGCAUGUCUUGGUCUUACUGUCCUUCUUGUGAAUAUUAUUAUCGGAAGCUACAUCAGCAACAUUUUUGAAGAAAGGCAAGUUCUACUAACAUCAGAAAUCAUGGUUUGCAUUGCACUACUCCUAAGUUUCGAAACAUUAAUCCCUUAUUUAGUAACUCUAUAUGUUGGAUCGGCUCUUAUCACUUUUGUCUCUGCCGAAGUUCUUGAAGGAGAUAACCUUUCCCUUUUAUCGAAUAUGAUGUCAUUGCGGCCUUCUCGUGGAACCUUUAAUGGAGGAUUACUGUCAACGGAAGCGGGAACUCUAGCUCGAGUUAUUACAGACGGUACAAUAACAAUCGUUGGGUAUUUCAGCGAAAGUAAGCUACUGAAUGCCACUCUACUCCCUGCACUACUCAUUUGUAUCUCAUCCAUUGCUGAUACCUGUUGCACCUACAACUCUCUGUAUUAA